AUGUUUACUUCCCCAGCUUGGGUGCCUAGUCUCCCAUUUGCUGAUCUGUGUUUUUUGGAAGAACCUCCUAAUAGCAUUACUAUUGAGGAGUUUAUCCUGUCCGGCAAAUAUGGCAGACGGCCAGCAGCAACAUCACGGAGUCCCUUUACAUGUGGCCUCACCGGGAAGAGCUUCACAGCUACCCAGGUGCCACAGAGGAUCAACUUCCUUGCACGAGGCCUUGCCCAGGCUCUCAACAUUACACCAAACAAAGGCUUGUCACUAGACAAAGUUAUUGCAGUAUUCUCGCCCAACACGAUCAAUUACAUACCGCUAGUUUUGGCAAUUCAUCGAAUUGGAGGCAUUGUAACUCCAGCAAGCGCAUCUCAGUCGCCGUCUGAGCUUGAAUAUCAGCUCAAAAAAACCGGUGCUGUGGCUAUCUUUACCUGCCCUCAGCUCCUAGACACUGCUAAGAAGGCUGCGGAACAAUGUGGUAUUACUGACGACAAGAUAUUCAUUAUGGACUUCUCUGGGGCCAAAAGCACCACGUCUCAUAUCAGCCUUGAGAAGCUGAUCUCCAUUGGCAAAGAUUUACCUGACCUUGAGGCAUUGAACUGGCCUAAAGGUGAAGGGGCACGGCGAGCAGCCUUUAUCUCAAUGUCUAGCGGAACGUCCGGUUUACCUAAAGCAUGUGUCAUAUCUCAUUACAAUGUCAUUUCAAACGUGUUAGCAACAGCUACAUACGAAACAGGAGCGAGAAGCCAUUUCAAAUUUGACACCCAAGUCACUCUCGGGCUGCUACCAAUGAGUCACAUUUAUGGCCUCGUCACUGUUGCACUCUGCGCGGCAUAUCAGGGUGAUGAGCUCAUUGUGCUUCCCAAGUUCACAAUUGACUCUUUUCUCGAUGCUAUUCAGCGCUUUAAGAUACGGCGUCUGUAUGUGGCACCCCCGAUCAUCAUACAGAUGCUCCGGAAUCGCGACAAGUGCCUCAAGCAUGAUCUAUCUAGCGUGGCAAACAUACAUACAGGUGGUGCUCCUCUUUACGCGGAAACCGCAGAACAGCUUCUCAAAAUGUACCCUGAUUGGCACCUCGGACAAGGUUAUGCUCACUUACUAGGCAUGACUGAAACUGCUACAUUAAUUUGCACUACUAGCGAACAUGACAUUGAUCUUGGUUCCUCCGGCUCUCUGCUUCCGGGUAUCCGUGCCAAGGUCAUUGACUCCGACGGCAAAGAAGUUUUUACAUACGAGACCCCAGGAGAGCUUCUUGUACAGAGUCCCUCAAUUAUCCCAGGCUAUCUGGGCAAUGGGAGAGCUGACGAGGAGACCUUCGUCUGGGACGAUGACGGCAGGUGGAUUAAGACUGGUGAUGAGGUUGUGAUUCGCAAGGGACCAUCCGGGAACGAGCAUGUAGUUGUUGUCGACCGAAUAAAGGAACUGAUCAAGGUUAAGGGAUUCCAAGUUCCGCCAGCCGAGCUAGAGGCUCAUCUGCUCACCCAUGUCGCGGUCCAGGACUGUGCGGUCAUUCCCGUCCCAGAUGAAGCCGCUGGCGAGCGGCCCAAGGCCUUUGUCGUAAAGAAGGCCUCUGCUGCAGGAGCCGUGGACGAUGAAGAGUUGGCACGUCAGAUCUCGCUUCAUGUGCAGAACCAUAAGGCUGCGCACAAGUGGCUAAAAGGCGGCAUUGAAUUUGUUAAUGAGGUGCCAAAGAGCCCUUCGGGAAAGAUCCUCCGUCGUCUGCUUGUGGAUCUAGAGAGAAAGCGCCGCGCUAGGGGAAGAGCCAGGCUGUAG